CUUGGGUUUAAUGACGCCUCUUCUCUGUGGAACACCGCGAUUCCUUCCCACGGUCAACUCGGGACCUCCCAGCGACCACUGCUGCCUGCGGACGAGGCCGGGGACUUGGCCGAAUGGAUCCUAAUAAGGGGAAAAUGGGAAGGGGAUCUGGGAAGCCCGAGGACAGCUCCUGUGCCCUGGCCUGGCCCCUCGACCAGGGCAAGCCUUUGGAAAUCAAGGUUAAAGCUCCCGCUGCUGCCCCGAGGAGGCCGGGUUUCCGAAGGGCGGCUCACCCGCCUGCAACCAGAGAACAAGAAAGGAAGUUGUUGGAGAAGUUUCUCAUAAAACUCUGAAUUUCCAUGGUGGUGAUGGUGGUUAUUCUUUAAUGAGCUCGACCACAACCCCAGUCCAAAUCCUCUUUAUAGAACUUUCCGUCACCAAAAGAAACAGAGGACUAAGGUUCUCCCACCUCCUUUUUUUUCUCCCUCCCCUUACCCAAGCAAAACGGUGUCAAAUAAUUUUAGGAAUUGUCCAAAACUAUAAAACUCAACUUCUGACAAAAGUAUAGCUUUUAAUAUUUGACGAUUUGUGUUAAAACAAAAAUUGACCUUCUUGGUUAGUAGCGAAGGGGAAAAAUCAAUAGUAUAAUUUUCAAUAAUUCAUAAAGCGAACGCCAUUAUGCUAAAUCUUAACUAUUAAUCUUAUCCUUUACAAAGUCUCGAUUGAUUUGUUAAUAAAAUAUCUUCCCGUGUGUGGCAACAGCGGGUAUAACUCUUUAAAAACCUUCAGAAGCAAGAAAAUUACCAAGUAGCCCAAGAAUGUAGAUGAGAAUUUUAUUGAUCGCCCUGAUUCUUCUUAAUAUGUAUUAAUAAAUUCCACAACCUUUUGUACCUUGCACUUGUCAGAAACCAAUGCUUUUACAAAAUCCAUAAAAGGAAAACAUAUUUUUCUUUGCAGAAGAACCAAAUGACACCUUUGCUUCUCUCUCUCUCUUCUCCUCGGCCCAGUUUUCUAAAACUUCUGGCGUCUGAGGGCUAGAGUUUUCCUCUUUCCUUGAAAAAAACUCUUUUUUUCUCUCUUCCUUCCUUCCUUCCUCUUUGCUCAUUAUUGUCAGGGUGUGUAGGGAGGGAAACCUCGGUUUAGUUCUCCCGCUGGGAACCGGAGGGACGCUUUCGAGGAUAGCCAACUGCUGGCGAGGGAUUGUCUCCGGGCUGAAAGCUCCCAGCGGCCCGGCCGCAAAGGUCGGGGUGUGGUUCCUCCGAGAGAGCCGAAGGCUCGGGUAGCCCACCGGGGCGCCGAGGCGCCGGGAUCCCGCAUCUCCCUCGGGCUGGAGGAGGGGAUGGACAGCGCCAGGGCGGGCCAGUCCUCGGGGCUCAGGGCCGGCCAGCUGCUUGACCUCUUAGCCCUCGCGGCCCUUCUCGCCUCCGCUCCCCACGAUAACUUGGCCACGUCUUUGCGUGAGAGAUCUUUCCUGUGGACCCCUGGGGUGGGAUGUCUCAGAGCCCGGAGAAUCCGACUCACCUUCCCAGGCUGCCCGGGAGAAAAUUAACCAGCCGGGCCCCCGCCCCCCGCCCGUGCCCCGGCUCUCGGGCGCGUUCUGCCUGGGUGUGUGCGGGGGAAUGCUUCUGUGUGCUGGCGCCACGGCACUCUGGCUUCCCUCCCCCCGCGUGUCCUCCCGGACGCCCCUCUGGCCGAGACUUUCCUUCCGCCAGCGGGGCCCGGAGGCCGGAGCGGGGGACGCGAGUGGGGCCGGCGCGCUGAGCGAGCCCCGGGGAGGCUGGCGGGCGACGGAGAGCGCUGGACCGGUUGUCUCCAGCGCGCACUAUCGCGGGCGCGUAGUAGAUGUCGCUGUUGUCCGUGCUUACGCGGCCGGCCGGCCGGGCUCUGGAGCACGUGACCUGCGAGGAGGCUGCGGCUCAAGGCCAUUUUCAAAUCUCAUUGGCUUGGUUGUCAUGUGGUCGGCAGAGGCAUCCACAAUUACACGGGGAAUGUUUUCCUAGAGAUGUCAGCCUACAAAGGACACAAUCUCUCUUCUUCAAAUUCCUCCCCAAAAUGUCCUUUCCCAACAGCUCUCCUGCUGCUAAUACUUUUUUAGUAGAUUCCUUGAUCAGUGCCUGCAGGAGUGACAGUUUUUAUUCGAGCAGCGCCAGCAUGUACAUGCCACCACCUAGCGCAGACAUGGGGACCUAUGGAAUGCAAACCUGUGGACUGCUCCCGUCUCUGGCCAAAAGAGAAGUGAACCACCAAAAUAUGGGUAUGAAUGUGCAUCCUUAUAUACCUCAAGUAGACAGUUGGACAGACCCGAACAGAUCUUGUCGAAUAGAGCAACCUGUUACACAGCAAGUCCCCACUUGCUCCUUCACCACCAACAUUAAGGAAGAAUCCAAUUGCUGCAUGUAUUCUGAUAAGCGCAACAAACUCAUUUCUGCUGAGGUCCCUUCGUACCAGAGGCUGGUCCCUGAGUCCUGUCCCGUUGAGAACCCCGAGGUUCCUGUCCCUGGAUAUUUUAGACUGAGUCAGACCUACGCCACCGGGAAAACCCAAGAGUACAAUAACAGCCCCGAAGGCAGCUCCACAGUCAUGCUCCAGCUCAACCCUCGCGGCGCGGCCAAACCGCAGCUCUCGGCCGCCCAGCUGCAGAUGGAAAAGAAGAUGAACGAGCCCGUGAGCGGCCAAGAGCCCACCAAAGUCUCCCAGGUGGGGAGCCCCGAGGCCAAGGGCGGCCUUCCGGAAGAAAGGAGCUGCCUGGCUGAGGUCUCCGUGUCCAGUCCCGAAGUACAGGAGAAGGAAAGCAAAGAGGAAAUCAAGUCUGAUACUCCAACCAGCAAUUGGCUCACUGCAAAGAGUGGCAGAAAGAAGAGGUGCCCUUACACGAAGCACCAAACGCUGGAAUUAGAAAAAGAGUUCUUGUUCAAUAUGUACCUCACCCGCGAGCGCCGCCUAGAGAUCAGUAAGAGCGUUAACCUCACCGACAGGCAGGUCAAGAUUUGGUUUCAAAACCGCCGAAUGAAACUCAAGAAGAUGAGCCGAGAGAACCGGAUCCGAGAACUGACCGCCAACCUCACCUUCUCUUAGGUCCCAGGCCCGUCGGAGGCCAGGAUCGGAGAGGGAGCAUCGCGUUCCAGGGCCCAGUGCUGGAGGACUGGGAAGGCGGAAACAAAACCUUCAUUGCUCUUUGUUUUUUUGUUUUGUUUUGUUUUGUUUCCUGCUAGAAUGUGACUUUGGGGUCAUUCUGUUCGUGCUGCAAGUGAUCUGUAAUCCCUAUGAGUAUAUAUAUAUAUUAAAAAACUAGCACGUGUAAUUUAUUAUUUUUUCAUCGUAAUGCAGGGUAACUAUUACUGCGCAUUUUCAUUUGGGUCUUAACUUAUUGGGACUGUACAGCAUCCAUCAGUUCAUUCAUCUGUCCAGCAAUGUGACUUUUUCAUGUUUUUCCUAACGCAAAAGGUCUGUGUGUGGUUAGUCCAUGAUCUCAUGGCGUUUUGAACACAUUCAGUACUUAAAAGUACUUAAAUUACAUAUAUAUUUAAAAAAGAUUAAGAAAACCCACAAGCUUUGGGGGGAGGGGGACUAAAAAAGCACAUUACAGUGUAUCUUUUCGCAAAUGAAUUUAGCAAUUGUCCUUGGUGAGAUGGAAUACUGACGACUUAUGCCUUGUAGCCUUCCCUUGUGGUGCAUCUGUGGUUUGGUAGAAGUACAACAGCAACCUGUCCUUUCUGUGCAUGUUCUGGUCGCAUGUAUAAUGCAAUAAACUCUGGAAACGAGUGCGCUCCCUCUGCUUUCUGAAAUGGACAUACACGUUACGGUGGAAAUGAAAGCCUUUGGUGAGAUUAUCUUCCUGUUAAACUGCUUGUUUGGGGCAGUUGGGGGUGGUGAUAGAGAGCAGGAGAAGGAAAAUGGGAGAAGCUGGAGGAGGCCUAGGGUACUAAAAUUUGGCAAUUGGGGGGGGUGAUAAUCCAGCCUGGAUGUGCUGUUUUCCGAGUUGGGAAGAAGAGGAGUCUUCUCCCCCUCCCACCACCCCAAGAUAGUAACACAAUUGAAUUCUAGAUGGGUGUGAGUUUCCCUCUAACCAGAGCCUGGUAAGUAAGACUGUGCCCACGCUGCUUUUUCCCUCACAGCUCCC